AUGCAGAGGGCUAUACGGCAGUGCAUCUUCGUUCGGUCUGCACGAGAAGCGGAGUUACAAGUGAUGCGUUCCGUCAUGGGUGCGUACGCCUAUACUGUCGACCCAUUGCAGCUGACUUUCGGCUCAUCCGAGUGCCUCCGGCACAUUGUAGUAGCUGUGUCGACAACCGACGCUAUGUCUCGGCUGCUGUGCUUGAUCAGCCUGGUGCUGACAGCGGAUGCGACUGUCAUUCUCGGACGUAAAGGUUCCGAUGGGGGAGAGUCUACCAUGGCUUCCAAGCCGGAGGUCUCUGAACUCACUGCCACGGCUCGCAUGACGGAGCUCCUUCGGUCAGCGAGCCCGUCCGUGCUGUUGCAGCAGCUGCUCCAGAAGCGCGCCGAGCCCAAGGAGGACAAGGACCUUCCGGUGGUGCACGUGGGCCCCAGGACCGACGAAGAGAUCAAAGAGCUCGUGGACCAGGAGCGGAUGUUGGCGUGGCUUCAGCUGCGCACUAUCGCCUUCCUCUUCGUCGUCUACACCUGCACCGUCUUCUGCUGUGCUGCGAUCUACGCCUACCUCUGGAAAGACCCUCCAGUGGAAGUGCAGGCGAAAGAUGAAUUGAGCGAUGAUUUCCAGUUUGGCAUCUGCAACUUUUUCGAGGACAUGCACGUGACCUGCUUGAGUUUCUUCUGCCUGCCGUGCCGAUGGGCUGACACCAUGAAUGCCACAGGGAUGCUGGGCUUCUGGACCGCCUUCCUACUGUUCUUCGCCAUCAACAUCCUUUGCUCUUGGGCGAACCGCUUCGACAUUAUGCUCGGAGUGGUGGCAUGGAUUGCUGGUACACUCGUUUUUGCGUACUACCGGCAGCAGCUCCGGAAGCUCUUCUCUAUCCGAAAUGAGCCAACGGAUCAGGUGAAGGACGUGGCGCUUUGGGCCUGCUGCUGCUGCUGCGCGGCGGUUCAGGAAGCCCGCCAGGUUCGAGCUGCUGGAAAGCUGUCCGAGUUUUUCUGCUGGCGUCGUGCUUCGCCGCCAGGUCUGAGACUGGCUGCUGAUGCUGGUGUGGCAUGCGACGCCAUGGAGCACUCUCACCGUGAGCUCCUGAUCAGUAACAUUCUGCCCGCAAAUGAGGCGAAGAAUGUAGGCGCCUCGAAUCUCGCGAGAUCGGAGAGUCACAUCAGCAAUUCCAGUGCCAUCAUCAUCGAAGCGGAAGCCUGCCGACAGAGGUACAAGCGGCUCCACCCCAAAGACAUCACCGAGGAUGAGAAGGACUACAAGACUCUCGUUCAUACGAUUCAGCCAGACAGGCUUUCAGCUAUUUUCAAGAGCAAAUUGGGUGAGGGUUCGUGCAAGACGGGGCUCUGUGGCUUGAAGGAGGAGCAAGCGCGCGUCUACUUCAAUGUGUAUGGCAAAAACGAGAUCACCCCGCCAAAGCGGGAAAACAUCUGGAUCAAGUUGUUGAGGCAGACGUUUAUGGGCAUUUUCAACAUCCUCCUGUGGUCCUGUGUUGCUGCUGAGGUCGCUUUGAUUCUCAUAUUCUCGGGGGAGUCGAGCAGUGCAGAGGCACCUAGCCUCAAUGCCACCGCAGCUUCGGAGGCAUUGGCGGCGCACAGCGAAGAGGGCCCCGACUACGUCACACCCAUCAUCCUUUCGUCUGUCAUCGUCAUGGCAGCUCUGCUCCAGUGGUACUCUGAGCUCAAGGCCGAGUCCCAGAUGGAAGCCAUGCAGAAACUGCAGGCCGCUGCCAAGGUGCCAGCUGUACGCAUCGACAAAGGCCGCCGCGUGGACUUGGAGGUGGAUCCUCUGCAUCUGGUCCCGGGCGACAUCAUCUUCCUCCAGGCCGGCGAUCGGAUCCCGGCGGACGUGCGCAUCCUGCACUGCACCGACGGGACCGAGGUGGACAACUCGGCCUUGACCGGGGAGUCGAUGCCGGAGCCACGGCACACCAAGACGGAGCCGGUCACCUGUCCACCACCCGAAGCACGCAACCUGGCCUUCUUUGGAACAACGGUGCUCAAGGGCAAUGCCACUUGCUUGGUGCAUGCCACUGGCGAUGCGACCUUCCUUGGUAAGAUUGCACAAGGAAUCAAGUCGUCGAGGGUGAAAUCGACUCUUGAGAUCCAAAUUGAGCAUUUUGUUCACAUCAUUGCCGUCGUUGCUAUUUGCGUUGGCUUGUUGAGCUUGCUGGCCAACCUGCUUUCUCCCGUGAAGCGCGGACCGGCGGAAAUUCUUCAAAACAGCGCUGCGGCACUCUUUGCGCAGGUCCCGGAGGGUCUCUUGCCAACCGUGACCAUCUCUCUCAUGAUUGCUUCGGAUCAAAUGGCAACGCGAAACGUUAUUGUUCGCAAGAUUGACGCUGUUGAGACCUUGGGGUGCGUGUCAGUGUUCUGCUCCGACAAGACAGGCACGCUGACCACGGGCGAGAUGGCUGUUCAGGACUUGGUGGUGCCGAUAGCUGGAGCAAGUCUGAACUUGGAGGUCUACAACCGUGACAAAGACAGUGGACAGUUCAAAGCCAUGAAGAGCUUAGAGGCAACUUCGCUUUGCGGAAUUCUCAACAACGGCGCCGAAGUCAAGGUGGAGGGUGGGCAAGAGCGGUGGACUGGAUCUCCAACGGAGGUUGCCAUCUUGCGUGCCUGUGCGGAGGUGGCCGGAGGCCCCGGGCCAACGGCGACUCUGAAGUCGAAGCCAGAGAACUACAAGGCUUUCGAGAUUCCCUUCAACUCCGAAAACAAGUGGAUGCUAACCGUCCACGGCAGCGCCGGCCAGGGAAGCUACUUCGCGAUCUUGAAGGGAGCUCCAGAACGUGUCCUCAAGUACACAACUCUCAGCACAGACGCGACAGCCAUGGGAAAGAUCGAGCAGCAGCUCCAGGACCUCAUGGGCCAGGGACGGCGCGUGCUGUGCAUUGCCAAGCGUGAUUUUGCCGGUGGCGACAUUCCCGCGGGAGGCAAGUUCGAGGGCACCAAUGCCACUGACUGCAACUUCCCGAUGAAAGACUACGAAUUUGUGGGUUUGUACGGUAUCGAGGACCCACCCAAAAAGGGAGUGGACGAAGCCGUCCUCAUGGCGCAGCGGGCUGGUGUGAAGGUGGUUAUGGUAACUGGCGACCAUCCCGACACGGCUCGUGCGAUUGCAGGUCGCAUCAACAUCCUUGGCGCCGCUGCUGACGACACCCACGAGGCCCAGCAGCUCCAGGGAGAGGACUUCUCUGUGAUCACCGGAGUCAUGUUGGACAGUCGUAUCCCACGCAGCGAUAACUUCACAGAUGACGAGCCCGAAGACAACGUGAAGUGGUGGAGAAAGGCCGUGCAGCACACCAGGGUGUUUGCUCGUGUAUCACCGAUUCACAAGCAGGUCAUCGUGCAGGCCUACCAGAAGUACGGAUACAACGGCAUUGGCGACAUUGUGGCAAUGACCGGCGACGGCGUGAACGAUGCUCCGGCACUCAAGCAAGCGGAGGUGGGCGUCGCGAUGGGUCAGCGAGGCACCGAAGUUGCCAAGGAUGCUUCUGACAUCGUCUUGCACGACGACAACUUCUCGUCUGUGGUGAAGGGUAUGGAGCAAGGACGCCUGUCAAGUGAGAACCUGCAGAAGUCCAUCAUGUACACGUUGUGCUCCAAGGUCCCGCAAGUCGCACCCACCUUCGGAGAAUUGUUCGGAAUUCCGCAGGCUUUGACAGUGGCACAAGUGCUGCUCAUCGACAUCGGUACGGAUAUCUGGACGGCCAUCGCCUAUGCCCUGCAGCCUGCAGAGUCCAAGCUGAUGGAGCGGCAGCCGAGGCAUCCGCGCUACGAGAAGAUGGUGAACUGCAAGGUUUUGCUUUACAGCUAUGGAUACAUUGGGCAAUUCCAGAUGCUCUUCUGCUGGCUGAUGUUCUUUUGGGCUACUCCUGGCAUGUGGGACCUGUACACAUCUGGCAAGAGCCCGAACGACUAUACCGUGGAGGAUUUUGAAACUGAUACCAUGGGCAUGACUGUCUACUACUGGACACUGGUGGUUGGUCAAAUUGCUGCGGCGGUGUCUACUACAACCAAACUGCAGAGCGUCUUUGGCCUGGGCACAACACCCUACUGCUUCCCGAACAACACGCUGAACCUGAUGUUUGUCGGAGAGGUGGUCAUGGGCCUGGCCGCCAUCUACUGCCCACCCAUUCAGUCUGCUUUCAAGACAGGUUGGAUACCAAUGAGAGCAGUCCUGCUUCCUUGGAUUGCCUUUGCUGGCAUUAUUUUGGCAGAUGAGAUUCGUAAAAUGGUGGCGCGAAGUUGCGACGAAUCCUCACCUCGGCCUCGAUAG